CAUGCCUAAGCGGGGCUGUGCUCUAGAACGUGCUCUCUGACCCCAGUGGCAGUCCUUUCUCACUACACUGCGGUCGAGACUCCCCCUCUCCCAGAUCGAGGCUUGCUCUUGCACUCUCUCUCCCUCCCUCGCUCCGUCUCUGUCUGUCUCGCCUACUCUAAAGCUAGCCCGGAGGUCCCUCAGGGUCGAAGGUUCUGCCCUGCCUGCUCCGAGUUCCACCCCUCGGCCACCGACAUCUGCAUUGCCUCUCGCAUGGACCAGCGUCUUUAAGUGAGAAGAGGGCGACCCCGACGCGUACCGGCCACUGAAAGUGCAGAUCCUGUUCUAGUAUAGCAGUGGGCAAACAAGGAGGAAGAAGUUGUCGUUUUUUCCCGGCGGUCUUCAUUUUUCCCACCCGAGUGGCGGUUCUUUUCGAGGAUGCCGGCCGUGUGUCUCGCUGCAGGGACCUGGUGAACUUUCUAAUGGUGUGCGUGUAGAGCAGGAUGGCCCACGGAAUGCCGGCACAGGGCAAAGUAACCAUUACCGUGGACGAGUACAGCUCCAACCCCACGCAGGCCUUCACCCACUACAACAUCAACCAGAGCCGCUUUCAGCCGCCCCAUGUCCACAUGGUGGACCCGAUCCCUUAUGACACUCCCAAGCCAAGCGGCCACACGCGUUUUGUGUGUGUGUCCGACACACACUCGCGGACAGAUGGCAUCCAGAUGCCGUACGGCGACGUGCUGCUGCACACGGGCGACUUCACCGAGCUGGGCCUCCCGUCCGAGGUCAAGAAGUUUAACGACUGGCUAGGUGGCCUCCCAUACGAGUUCAAGGUGGUGAUCGCUGGGAACCACGAGCUGACCUUCGACAAAGACUUCAUGUCCGACCUGGUCAAGCAGGAUUACUAUCGCUUUCCGUCGGUGUCCAAGUUGAAACCCGAGGACUUUGACAAUGUUCAGUCCCUGCUCACGAACUGUGUUUACCUGCAAGACUCGGACGUCACCAUCAAGGGCUUUCGAAUAUACGGGACGCCAUGGACCCCCUGGUUUAAUGGCUGGGGCUUUAACCUGCCACGGGGACAGUCCCUGCUUGAUAAAUGGAACCUCAUACCUGAGGGCAUCGACAUCCUCAUGACCCACAACCCGCCCCUCGGUUUUCGGGACUGGGUUCCUAAGGAGCUCCAGAGGGUGGGCUGUGUGGAGCUGUUGAACACGGUGCAGAGGAGGGUGCGGCCCAAACUGCAUGCUUUUGGGGGCAUCCAUGAAGGUUAUGGCAUCAUGACGGAUGGCUACACGACCUUUGUCAACGCCUCAGUCUGCACGGUCAGCUUCCAGCCCACCAACCCCCCCAUCGUGUUUGACCUGCCCAACCCGAGCAGUUCAUGAGGGGCUCGGCGCAGACAAGGACACCCUCCGUUUUUGUUUUGUUUUUGUUUUGUUUUUAGUUUUUCUAACAGUAAUUCUUUUCAUGUGUUUAUUCUUUCCAAAAUAUUAGUCUUUUUGUACUGUCAUUGGAGGGUGGAUAAAGUUUUUGGUAGUUAUGGGGAAAUGGGGAGGGGUGGGGCGGGGGCGAUAAGCAAGGGGAGGGAAAGCUAAAGAGUUUCACUUAAAUCUAAAUCUGUAAGAUAAUGAAGCAUUGUGAAUUUGUACAAUUUGUUUGCUUUGCAACUUUUUUGCUGGAUACAUAAAUAGUGGAUGACAUUUUGUUUUUAUUAUGUAUGUUAUUUCUUUUUUUUGUUUGUUGUUUUCUCCAGGACAAUUAAGCUUCCUUUUGGCUGACAGGGAUACUGCCUUAAACUAGCUUUAAAUUCCCCAGCUAGAGCCCCCUUCUUUCUGCUAGCACAAAGAAAGCCUCGUAUUUAUUACCCGUGAUCGAUCCAAAAGGACUCGCAUUAUGAGAGCAGGGAAGAACUCGGACGAUUUUCACUCAUCAGUGCUAUAGUGUUUUCACUCUGCAGAUUUAAUUGGACAAAAAAUGUCUUAAAAAGUAUAAAUGUGUGUAUGUGUGUAUUCUGUAAAUUCUCUACUAAAAUGUUUGUUCUGAACGUUUCAUAAUUAAGAGAUGAUUUUUUUUGUUUGUUUUUUUUUUUUUUGCUUGUAAGUGAUAUAUUAUAUAUUAUGUGCAAAAUGCACUGGUGGUCUUUUCUGUUUUCAUCAAAAUUUCUUCUAAUGUUGAUAUAAUAUUAGUCACAUCAAUACCUGCCUGGUAUUUAUGUCAUUAUGUAAGAAAGAACCAGCUCUUGGAAUAUAAGGUGUAUUGGCAAUCUGAAAGAUCAACUUUUCCCUUUCUUCCCUCACAUGCUCUUUCUUUCUUUCUCUCUCUUUCUAUAUAUCUCUCUGCAAGCCUGCCUAAAAAGGUUUAGUUGUCCAUUGGUAUGUUAAAUAUGAUCGUUUUUGUGUUCUUAUUCCUUUGGUUUUCUAAUUUUGCACUGUGUGUAAAUGCAAUCUUGCUAGCACAAAAAAAAAAUGUUGCCAAUAGUUUAAACUCCGCCACUGUAAAAUGUCCCACGGCUCUCUUUAAAUUAGUAUGUCUUGUUCAACAUUGAACGUUUUGAGCCGCUGUUUUUUUCUCUUCUUCCAGUUCAUUGUGAUAUAUCUAGCUGCCUUUAUAUGCAAAUAAAAUUGCAAGAUUUUUACUUA